AUGAGCAUCAUCCUGCAGCCAUUCCUGGAUGUAGUUGGCGUGGUCUUCCAAUUUCUUACUGUCAAACACUUCCGACGAGAACUGUCCGCUACAAACCUCUCCUCGCAAAAGAUGAAGCAUACCGUCAUCAUCGGCGACGGGUUCGCCGGCGUCAGUGCUGCCCAUAGAUUUCUUAAGAACGUCGGCAAGACCACCACCGUCACAUACAAGCUCACGUUGGUGUCGCGUGAUAGCCACUUCUACUGGAACAUUGCCGCGCCGCGCGGCAUAAUUCCCGGCCAAAUUCCCCACGAACAGCUUUUCCAACCCAUCAACGCUGGCUUUUCCAAGUACGGUCCCAACACAUUCAAAUUCGUUCUCAGUACUGCCACCGUGUCAAGGGGGAUUGUGAGUUUCACCGAGGCGACACAGCAGGCCGUACAUGAAUUUCAGAGGCGCGUGAAAACCGCCAGGUCCAUAGGCAUCGUGGGCGCCGGCCCAACGGGAGUAGAGACAGCUGGCGAGCUGGCUUUUGACGGACCUACCGUCCUCGAAAACAGGCCGGCAGGUGUGACUAGCACAGCAUUGAAGCAACUCGAGGCUCUGCAUGUCGACGUCAGAGUCAGCACCAAGGUGAAAAAUCCGGUGUCGCAACCCGAUGGCAAAUUCGAAUUGAUUCUUUCUAGUGACGACAGAAUACUGCCUGACCUUUACAUUCCCACCUUUGGAGUCCUACCCAACUCCUCAUUUCUACCUUCCCAGUUCCCUGACGCCAAGGGCUUCAUCAAAGUAGACAAGUAUUUUCACAUCAAAGGCACUGGAGGUGCUUUCGCCAUUGGCGACGUUAGUGACUCUGAGGCACCAUAA